AUGUACAAAGUGGAUUUUCCUGUAGACCAGUCCGCUGAGAAAGCAGUGGAAAGGCGGAGGUCUGCAGAGUCAGCACGAAAGGCCCGGAUUUUCAACACACGCCUGCGUGUGAUGGGUCUCGACACCGAUGUUCUGAACCAACAAGUCCAGGAGAAAAAACAUCAGCAAAAUAAAGAGAGACAAAGAGACAAAGCUUUUGAUAAGCUGAGAGAGUAUCACGAUGCCGCACUGCUGCAGCUGGAGACUGAUGACCGAGAGAAGCGAGCAGCUCUGCACACCGACCUGGUCCAGUACUGGGCCACUCAGCAGCGUGUGGAGGACUCGCGUGAUGCAGAUCUCAAGUGUGGCCUGCAGGGGGCAUUCAGGAUCCCCAUUCCAGAGCGUGAGCUUGGGCCUGCCAGUAUGCAAAUGUUUCAGGGAGAGGGUAUCGGAGAGGAGCAAGUGAGGAGAGAACAAAUGAAAGAGACAGAAAGAGAUCUACAAGCCCAGAGGGAGGACAAUGCGAGGAGGCACAUGGGAAACAAGCACAGAGAGAUGCUGGUGAGCAGAGAACUUGUGCAUCAGGACCUGAGGGGUGCUCAACAGGCAGCACUAGAGGAGGAGUGCAAGAAUGCCAUCCGCAUCGCAUACAACGACUACAACCGAGCUCUGGCGGCAGAGCAGGCAGAGAAACUGAUGGAGCAACACAGGAGAGAAGAAAGGGAGAAUCUUGCAGAGAUGAGGCACACGCUGACGUCCGACAUGAUGAUAGAGUGUGCCGAGGCAGCCGAGAGAAAGGUGGGAGGAGGGAAGCCACACCACGUUCUGACUGACAGGUGGAGGGGGAUGAGCCCCGAGCAGCUCCGUGCCGUCCAUGAGGAGAGAGAGACACAGUGCCGUGAGAGACAGAGAAAGCGUGAUGCUGAGAAGAUUCAUGACACAGCGUUGGACCUUCAGCUCCUGAAGCUGUCCAGAGAGGCAGAGGAGGAGGAGGUGAGAGCGGCAGAGCUGAAGAGACAGACAAGGAUUCAGAUGGAUCAGUACAACAUGCAGCUGGCCAGGGAGCAGCAGGCACAUCAGGAGUACCUGGACAAGAAGCUGUACACCAACAAACCCACCAGGGACUACUUUUAUCAAUUCAACACCAGCUCCCGCUGACCGCCUCACACCUUCUUCAGGCCCGUCCUCCUGUCACAAUGUGCUAAUAAAACUGAUCGAUUGUUGUGCUCCCACUCAGAGUGAAUUGGAUCCUACUUAUUCAAUAUUUACUGCUUAAUUUUAAGUGACACAUAUUCAUUGAUUUCAUUGGUUUCGUACACUGGUGACAAAAGAGGGAAUCUUUGUUUUUGGUACAGAUUGUUCCAUGUACUUUAUUUUCACUCAUAUAUCCAGUUACAGUGGUAGAUUCAUAAUGCAGUUACAAUUAUCGUUGCCCCACAUGUGGUACAAUCCACUCAACUUCUAACGCCGACCCAUGGUACAUAGAGAUCCCACCAGUUCCCACUGUGCCAACAGUGCACCCCACACUUCACAAAGAGGCACAUUUACACCUCACCAGGGACACACACUCUCCCUCCCUUUCUCUCGCCCCCAUCCUCCCACAGGGGCAUUGUUGUUUAAAGCCUGUCUGUUUUUCAGAGUUCUCAAGAAGCUUCUCUAAACGAGCCAAUUCAUAUUUUCCUCUUUUUAAUUAUAAAAUAUGGAGGGGGGAAACAAUGGUGGAAAGCAAAUGCCAGCGACCCCACAUUUCACCUUGAAACACGAAAAGCAAAGAGUGAGUGGCAGUCGAGUGAGUAUCUGUGUGUGUACACUCGUUCCUCAUUCAAAGCUAACAUUUGCCCUCGAACACUGACAAACACAGAUGUUUAGCAGCAGAUAGUCAAGUUAGAAUAUUGGCAUAUUUUGUGUCAUUCCUCGCUCCUGGUAUGAAAAUAGAUAUUUUUAAACCUUUAUUUGUCCUGAGUGAGUCUAUAUAGCCAACAACAGGGAGCUCAAACACACCUCUGUGUGUGCCACUGGCCGCUCUAAGACAUCCCAUGUUUUCCACCUCACGGACUGUCAGGUAAUAUCUGGCCAGUGU